AUGGUGGCUCCGGCCUCUACUGGAGCAAACGCGAUGGCCGGCCAAACUUCCAUGGGCCGUCUGCCCACCCGCUCUUCAAGCACUCACCCGUCGCAUUCGCACAAUGUUCCCUUGAGCGCUCGCAGGUCAGCACCACUAGACCUUUCUACCGUCGAGCGCCGCGGACAACCCAAUACUCCCCGUGAACCGUCGAAGCGAGUCCGCCCUCAUGGCAUCCCAGAAGCCCCGACGUUUCGUCCAACGGAGGAGGAAUUCAAGGAUCCCGUUGCAUACAUCCAGAAAAUUGCUCCUGAAGGAAAGAAAUACGGAAUUUGCAGAGUCGUUCCGCCCGAGAACUGGCAACCGCCCUUUGCGAUCGAUACUGAGAGAUUCCAUUUCAAGACCCGUCGGCAAGAACUGAAUUCGGUCGAAGGAGGUAACCGCGCCAAUAUGAACUAUGUCGAUGGACUGGCCAUGUUUCACAAGCAGCACGGGACAAACUACAGCCGUCUUCCCAGCGUGGACAAGCGCCCGUUGGACCUGUACAAGCUAAAAAAAGCAGUGGAGGUUCGUGGUGGGUUUGAAACCGUCUGCAAGACAAAGAAGUGGGCCGAGAUCGGUCGCGACCUGGGCUACAGCGGCAAGAUCAUGUCUUCGUUGUCCACCUCCUUGAAAAACUCGUAUCAGCGCUAUUUGCAACCAUAUGAGGAGUAUCUGGCUCGGGCAAAACCUGGUGUCCAGCAGCAGCUUGAGAUGGAAAAUGGCGGACCCUUCACUCCAUCCCCACGAAACUCACCCAUGACGAAGAAGCCAGUCAUGGAGGAGAAUGGUACUCCGUCUAAGACACGAGAAGCUACUCCUACCAUGCGCAUGGCCACGGGCUCAAACACUCCGCUGGAAAAGCCCGUUGAUCAACACACUCCAUCCGUGGAACCUACACCCCCUCCUGCUCGUCCAGCACCAUCUGGUUUCACACCCGUGAAUUCCGCCCCGGGUGGGUUUACCGCAGUGAAUCACUCCCCAGCCCCGUCCUUCACACCGGUCAACAAUGCCCCGGCAAUCAAACACGAGGGAGAGAAUGGAACAUCGACACCCAAGAGUGUUUCCGAGCACCCGCCUCAUUCGACUCCUGGACCGAAUGGCCAAUCGGGCCCAUCUGUGAAGCGUGCUAUUAGCCAUGAAAGUGGUUCCCAGGCUGAGAACGGCGACGAUGGUGGCAGUGGACGCCGUAGCAAGCGUCUGAAGAAAGAUGCCCCUCCUACCGUGGCUGGUUCACACAUGUCUCUCCUUCGUCCUGCGCCAGCAAAGGUUCGAAAAGACGGGGUGCAGAGGAUCGGAGAUAAAUGUGAAUCGUGCGGGAAAUUCGACAACCCCUCCACCAUUCUCGUUUGCGAAGGAUGCGACCUCGGAUAUCACCAAUCCUGUCUGGAUCCUUCGACAAUCGCAUCCUCUGAUCAUGAUUGGCACUGUCCAAAGUGCUUAGUCGGCACCGGCGAGUUUGGAUUCGAGGAUGGUGGUGUUUACUCUUUGAAACAAUUUCAGGAGAAGGCCAAUGAAUUCAAGAAGGGCUAUUUCGCCUCCAAAAUGCCAUUCGACCCCGUUCUCAACACACGCCGCCGGGAAACCGAGGAUGACGUGGAAGCUGAAUUCUGGAAACUGGUCGUUGAUCUACACGAAACCGUCGAGGUCGAGUAUGGCGCGGAUAUCCACUCAACCACCCAUGGUAGUGGUUUCCCGACCAUAGAAAGAAACCCGCUUGACCCGUAUUCAGAAGAUCCCUGGAACUUGAACGUCCUCCCAUUCCACGGUGAUUCCCUCUUCCGCCAUAUCAAGUCUGAUAUCUCGGGCAUGACCGUUCCCUGGGUUUAUGUCGGCAUGUGCUUUUCUACUUUCUGCUGGCACAACGAAGAUCACUACGCCUAUUCCGCCAACUACCAGCAUUUUGGUGCGACAAAGACCUGGUAUGGUAUACCCGGGGCCGACGCGGAAGCAUUUGAGUCGGCGAUGCGGGCGGCGGUUCCCGAGCUUUUCGAAGGGCAACCGGAUCUUUUGUUUCAGCUAGUCACUUUGAUGCCUCCUGAUAAACUUCGCAAGGCUGGUGUGAACGUCUACGCCGUGGAUCAGAGAGCAGGUCAAUUUGUCCUCACAUUCCCCCAGGCGUAUCAUGCCGGCUUCAACCAUGGCUUCAACUUUAACGAGGCUGUCAAUUUUGCCCCAGCAGACUGGGAACCCUGGGGUGCUGCGGGCGUGGAACGCCUUCAAGCCUUCCGCCGACACCCCUGCUUUUCACACGAUGAAUUGCUGUUCACCGCUGCUGCGCGGGACACGUCAAUAGCGACUGCCAAAUGGCUUGCACCUGCCCUGGAAAGGACUGUUAACCGAGAGCUCAGCGAAAGAGCCAACUUUUUAGCCAGCCACAAGAACGCCAUCGCGCACAAUUGUACGCUGGGAACCGCUGAUUCAUCUACCAGUCAAUGCCCCCUGAGACUCGUAGUGGAGGAAGAGGACGUUCCGGAGGAUGAUUAUCAGUGUCAGCACUGCAAGGCUCUCACCUACCUUACCCAGUUUCGUUGUCAAAAGUCAGGCAAGACCAUUUGCCUGCUUCAUGUGUAUGAUUAUGUCUGCUGCGGUGAUUCUCCUCAGCAAAAGCUAUUUGGUCUGGACCAUUUUCUACGCUACCGAGUCAGCGAUGAAGAGCUGAAAGCGUCGGUGCAAAGAGUCCAAGAAAGAGCAAACAUCCCAAAGGCUUGGGGAAAGAAGCUCGACAAGACCUUGGAGGACGAGCCGAAGCCUCAGCUGAAAGCUCUCCACAAUUUGCUCAGUGAAGGUGAGAAAAUCCCAUACCACCUACCUGGCCUCCAAGAUCUUGCGGCCUUCGUCCAGCGUUGCGAUAAAUGGGUUGAAGAAGCGAACAACUACAUUACCCGGAAACAGCAAAACCGGAGAAAAAACGAAAAAGCUUGGCGCAGGGCCAGUACCAAGGCCGCGCAGCUGGACGAUCGCGCCCCUGAAGUUCGCAGAGUGGAGAACAUCUACGCCCUUCUGGCAGAGGCUGAUAAACUUUCCUUCGACUGUCCACAGAUGGCGGCCCUGGAAGAGAAGACCCGCGAAAUCGAGAGAUUCCGCCAGGACGUCAAUAAUGCCCUGAUGAACCCGCAUACCCGGUCGGCCACCAAGAUCGAGGAACUUCUGGAAAAUGGCCGAAACUUCAACGUGGAAAUCCCGGAAUUCGAGCAUUUGGAGCAAAUUUUCCGACAGCUGAAAUGGACUGAGGAUUGUACUCGAAAACGCGACCAGCGCCUCAACCUCAGGGAAUGCCAGGAGAUCGUCUCCACCGGCGAGCAGCUGCAUAUUCCGGAUUCCAACGAGCACUUGCUUCAUUUCAAGGAACUUACCCGGCAUGGCGAAACUUGGGAAGUGAAGGCGAAGGAGCUGAUGUCUGUGGAAGCUGUACACUACCAACAGCUUGAGGCCCUCUCUGCGCAAGCAUCACAUGUUCCAGUUUCCCAGGAGACUCUCGCGGCUGUGGAUGCCAUCCUCACCAAGCAGCGAGAGGCACAGAAGCGGAUUCAAUCUCUCUGCGAAAAAAGCAGAGAUCCUGAUCUGAGAAAUCGGCCAAAGUAUAAGGAUGUUCGCGAACUCACAGAAUCUUUGGAGCAUUUGAACAGCCGGCCAAUCGGCGCCAUCGAUCUUGAGCGUGAGCAGAAGCGUCACGAGGACUGGAUGAGGAAAGGCAAGAAGUUGUUUGGCAAGGCCAAUGCGCCUUUGCACAUUCUGAAAUCUCAUAUGGAAUAUGUGGAGAAGCGGAAUUCAUACUGUUUUGACCUUGAGGACAGCUACCGGCCACCGGUAGAACCGUCUUCUCGAGACAAUACCCCGGAUGGUCUGCUUGAGAACCCCACCACCAACGUCUGGGGCCCCAAGUCGAAAAAGCGCGAUGUGUUUUGCAUCUGCCGGCAUUCUGAAGCAGGAAUGAUGAUUGAGUGUGAAGUCUGUCAUGAGUGGUACCACGGCAAAUGCCUCAAGAUUGCCAGGGGCAAGGUUAAGGAAUUCGACAAAUACACGUGCCCGAUUUGCGACUGGCGACAGAAGAUUCCUCGUGAUGCAGCUCGCCCAAAACUGGAAGAUUUACAGGAUUGGCAAGCAGAGAUCGCCGGUCUCCCGUUCCAGCCGGAGGAGGAAGAAGUGUUGGAUAGCAUUGUCAGUCAGGCGACUGCUUUCCGAGAUUUCCUGCAAGGUUUCACCAAUGCCGCCUGCACUACCACUGAGGAAGUUCCUACCUUAAUCUUCUACCUGCGAAAGAUCGAAGGCGCCGAGGUUCUUCUUGCGUAUGAGACGAAUUUCUUCCGGCAAGAGAUCCAUAAAUGGGCGCCAGUUGCCCCGGAGGCACCGCCAAUUCUGGAGCAGUCGCUUUCGACCCGAAAGCCUCGCCCGACCAAGCAGCAGAAGAUUUUGGCCCAGUUCGGUGUUGAUCGUCCAGAAGACCUCCCUGAGCAUCUUCGUGCCAAACACAUGGCUGCAGCGAAACGGAAGUCGGUGGAUAAUACACAUGCUACUCGGCCCGCUCCUUUGCAACCUGCGCCGCCUACUCCGAGCAACAAUCCUCCAACGACCACAGGGCCAACUCUGACCCCCAUGUCAGAUUCCGCCUCUGCGACGUACCCGUUCUCUGCCAACUAUUCUUUGGCUGUUAGUGACUCUACUCCGGCAUUCGCGCCAACUCCUACUGCAUUCCUUCCCCAUGCUGCGGCGGCUUCUCAAUCACCAUCGUUCCUCCCUCGCUCUCCAACUCCGCAACAAGAUAUCGAACCUUCUCUCUUCAGCCCACCCCGCUUCGGCCCGGAACCUCAAUUCGCCAGCAGUAGUCCUCGUCAGAAUAUGGAUGAUGUCUUCGCGGAUCUCACAAAUCAAGAUGUCGAACCCGAGGCUGAGCCCAUGGAGAAUCUCCAUGCGAACGAGGCGCUUGAAGCUCUUAAUGCCAGUAAUGGUAGCAGUCGGGCACCGUCUCCGAACGAAGACCAAGCUUCUGUUUCUGCACCAGCGCCUGUCUCUGAUUCCGCUCCUAUCCCGGCCCCUGCACAAGCUGAGACCGAGGCGGAUGCGCCCUGUGCUAAAGUUGCCGUUGCCGCGACAGAGGACCCUGAAUCGGAGCUUUGA